CUUUCGUUUUCUCCUCAAAGUGAAAGUAAACUCUGUCGGUGUGUUUGAGGAGACUUCUGUUCAGCUUCACUGCUUCUCAUCGAUGAUCUCUGAAACUAAAGAGAAUCACGUCAAAUCUGAACACAUCUGGACACAUCUGUGGUGAAAGAUGGCCGGACAUCAAAACGAAAGCCCCCAGAUGAAGGAACUGCUUCAGCCUGAUAUAGUGCACAACGGCAAUAAGAGCUCAGCUCUGGCCGUCUCCUCCUCCUCUUCCUCCACUGUUGCCAUCUGCUCUUCCUGCUCCUCUUCCUUUGCUGCCCCCUCCUCUUCCUCUGCUCCCUCCUCUUCCUCCUUUGAGCCCUCUUCUUCCUCCUUUGCUCCCUCCUCUUCCUCCGCUCCCUCCUCUUCCUCUGCUGCUCCCUCUUCUUCCUCCACUGAAUCCUUCAGUACCUGGAAUAUCGAUGGUCGACGGGUGGAGGAGGGUGAGGCUGCGUGGACGCAGACGGAGGACGUCUCUUCAUCACGUGUCCUGCUGGACGACCUGAAGAGACUUCCUCAGUGUGACAACAAGCUGAGACCUCUGAACUUCAGCGGGACGCACGCCGUCCUCGUAGACGUGGCUGUUUUCAACUAUGGAGCCGGACCUACUCCUCAGCAAGGGAGAGACAUGUGGCACAGCAACUUUGUGAAAAUGCCAAAUUCACAAGCGAGCUUCAUGAUGAAGUCUGGAUUUAUGAAGCAACCGACCCAGACCAGGAGGUGGGACGUGAUCUCAAAGCAGCUGAGCGCUCUGUCCAAGAAGACGACAGCGAGCGUCGAUGAUGUGGAGGACGCCAUCAUCAAAUAUAACCCCAAGUAUAAAGGUCAGUGGUCGUUUGACGCCCUCUCCAGCUUCGUUAAGAUCGUCCCGAAAACAGAAAAUUACUUCUCCAAACUGUUUCCAAAGAUGGCGGCGUUGGCCUUGAGUCUGCCUGAUCAAGUGAAGAAGGCCAUCCCGAUGCUCCAGCGAGGACACACUGCAGCCAUCACGCUGUCACAGGACCAGAUAUCCUGCCUGCUCGCCAAUGCCUUUUUCUGCACGUUCCCUCAUCGCAACACAACCAGUUCCAACGCAGAGUACCACAACUACCCGACCAUCAACUUCACCAGUCUGUUUGGAAACUGGUCUGAACGGAAGAAGGAGAAGCUGAGAGCCAUCCUUCAUUACUUUCACCUGGUUACAGAGACUAAACUAAAAGGACUGGUGACGUUUGAGAGACGCUGCCUCAAAGACUCGGACCUGCCCAACUGGAGAAAGUGUAAGGAGAAGAUGCCUAAACUUCACGUCUCUUCACGCGGCACCAUCGAGACUGAAGGAACCGGCCUGCUGCAGGUGGAUUUUGCCUCCAGCUGGAUCGGUGGAGGUGUUCUGGGUUCUGGUCUGGUGCAGGAGGAGAUCCUGUUCCUCAUUAAUCCAGAGCUCAUCGUGUCUCGUCUCUUCACGGAGAAACUCGCAGACAACGAGUGUCUCGUCAUCACAGGCUCUCAGCAGUUCAGCCGGUACUCUGGUUUCGGGGACAGCUUCGAGUGGGCCGGUCCCCAUGAGGACCGCCUCGACAGAGACGAGUGGGCUCGGCUGAAGAGGCAGAUUUUAGCCAUCGACGCUCUGCACUUCAGACACAGACAGGAGCAGUACAACAUGAUCAAGGUUACACGGGAACUCAACAAGGCGUACUGUGGAUUUAAGGGUCACAGCCACCAUGAGCCCGACAUCGCCACGGGAAAGUGGGGCUGUGGAGCUUUCAACGGAGACCCACAACUCAAAGCUGUGAUCCAGCUGAUGGCGGCGGCGAAGGCAAAGAGAGGACUGGCCUUUUUCACCUUCGACGAUGAGCAGCUGCAGCAGAGUCUCCAGCGGACGUACAACCUGCUGGUCACAGAGGGAACUACAGUUGAUAAACUGUACGGACUCCUGGAGGAUUACUGCGCUGCUCAGCAGGCGUCCAGCGGUUCACAUGUGGAUCUGUUUGAGUUCAUCAGGAACACCGUCAGACCCUCCAGGAGUCAGCUGUGAUUCACGGCCGCGUCUCAACUUGCACUAAAAUCUAACAGAAAUGAAGAAGUUGCUACUUAA